AUUUUAUAAAAAUACAAUGGUGAAGGCAGGCGUAUAUUUAGUUGUUCUGCUCUCAUAUUUGUGUUGUUACGAUGGAUAUAAAAUAUUAGUUGUGUUCCCCAUACCUACUUUAAGCCACGGUAUCCUUGGAGAAGGAUGUGUACGCCUACUUCUGAAAGCUGGACAUGAGGUUACUUACAUAGCAGCAAUGCCUUUACAAGACACACAUCCAAAUUUGACACAAAUUAAUAUUAACAAAAAACAAGAAUCGAAAAUUUUGAAAAAUAUCACAAAUUUUAUAAAUCCACACCUAAAUACACAUUUCAAUUUUGAUCCUUUUCAUACAUCACUAAAUUCUACAAAAACAGUACUCGAGAAUGAAGAAGUUAAACGCUUAAUCAGCGAUCCGAAGCAAAUUUUCGACGUGCUCAUAAUAGAAUGGUUUUUUUCUGAGGUACUUUCAGGUUUGUCAGCUGUACUGCAUUGUCCAUAUAUCUGGCUGUCUUCAUUGAAUCCUCAUUGGAUGAUCCUCGAACUAAUUGAUGACGUGACGAGCCCAGCAUACGUGCCAAGCUAUAACAGUCUUACUGCACCCCCAUUUACGUUCCAACAACGUGUGACCCAACUGUGGUAUCAAAUUCGAGUUUAUUACUUCAAACACUUUCAAUAUUCAAUCGAAGAGCAAAAAUUAUACAGUCUACUGAUUCCUUUCAUGAGCAAGCGAGGAAGAAGUACUCCUAUAUCAGCGUUAGAAGAUAUGAGAUACAAUGCGUCAUUGAUACUGUCUAACUGUGAUGCCGCUAUGUUGGCACAAGCGAUAAGUUUACCCCAAAAUUACAAGCCCGUUGGAGGAUUUCAUAUCGAAGCUCAAGUGAAAUCCUUACCAAAUGACUUGCAAAAAAUAAUGAACAAUUCUAAAUAUGGAGUAAUUUACUUCAGCAUUGGUUCCAUUGUAAAAAGUUCUGAAUUACCCGACAAUGUUAAGCGUGAACUCAUGAAAACAUUCAGUGAAUUGAAUCAGACAGUAAUUUGGAAAUAUGAAGAUAAUGAAAUAAAUACGCUGAAAAAUGUGCAUAUUCGAAAAUGGGUACCACAACAAAGUGUUUUAUCUCAUCCCAACUGCAUCCUCUUCAUUACGCAUGGUGGUCUUCUAUCAAUCACUGAAGCAAUCUAUUUUGGAAUACCAAUUAUUGGAAUUCCAUUAUUUUCAGAUCAAUACCAGAAUGUUGAUAAAUCAGUGAUUAAAGGUUUUGGCAAAAAAGUACAGUUAUCUUCGAUGAUAGCUCACGAUUUGAAAAUAGCUAUAAACGAAGUUCUUAAUAAUGCCAGUUACCUAGAAAAAGCAAAAGAGCAAUCACGAAUAUAUCAUGAUCGCAUAGUAAGUGCUGGAGAGGAGCUAGUACAUUGGGUGGAGCACGUGGUUCGGACACGCGGGGCGCCGCACCUCCGUUCACCAGCUAUAACAUUGUCGUUUUACCAAAAGUUGUACCUCGAUCUUAUUGGAUUAGUAGCUGUCAUUUUUAUCAUCAUAGCGGUGAUUGUGUUGCCAGUACUUCAUUCAUACAUUGCAAACAAUAAAAUUGUAAAAACCAAUACUAUUAAAACAAAAAAUAAGAAAAAUAAUAAAAUUGUUAAUAGUCAAUCGCUUAAAAAAUAAAGUUUACGAUUAUA